UUAUAUUCCUCUCUCUCUUUCUCUCUCUCUCUCUCUCAAACACACACAAAUAUUUAUAUAAAAUUACACACGCUCAUUCGCACACACUCCUAUAUAUCUAUAUCUAUAUAUACACACAUCUAUAUCUAUAUAUAUACAUGUACCAUUUGUGAGUUGAUAGAGCCAUUGUGGAGGGUGCAAGAGGAUUUUUUUUUCGCUUUGUUGGAGGGUGUAUAUAGAGAAAAACUGAAAACCAAAACCUCUCUUUGAGGGGGGUUAGAAGGGGUCUUCACAUUAGAAAGAAAAGAAUAUAAAAGAAGCGUUUUUUUUUUCUUUUUUUUUUUCUGGGGUAAGAGGAGGAGGAGGCCUUGUAAACCCCGUCAUAUUGAACAAGGGGAGUGCAAAAGAAGAGGGAAAACUUGAAAAAGAGGGUGGUGAAAAUGAAGUACGUGUUGGUAACAGGUGGUGUUGUUAGUGGACUUGGGAAAGGAGUCACUGCUAGCAGUAUUGGUGUUCUUCUUAAGGCUUGUGGUCUUAGAGUCACUUCUAUCAAGAUUGAUCCCUAUCUCAAUACUGAUGCAGGGACUAUGUCUCCUUUUGAACAUGGAGAGGUGUUUGUCUUAGAUGAUGGCGGCGAGGUUGACCUUGACCUUGGUAACUAUGAACGUUUCUUGGACAUCAAACUAACCCGCGACAAUAACAUAACUACUGGAAAAAUAUAUCAGUCUGUUAUCGAGAAGGAGAGAAGAGGAGAUUAUCUUGGAAAGACUGUCCAGGUGGUUCCGCACAUAACAGACGCCAUCCAAGAGUGGAUAGAGUGUGUUGCGAAGAUACCGGUUGAUGGAAAAGAAGAGCCAGCAGAUGUUUGUGUGAUUGAAUUGGGUGGAACAAUAGGGCAACUUCUGUCUCGUUCAUGUCAGCUUGGUUCCUGUUCUCAAUGUUGUUGGCGAACAGAAAACAAAGCCAACUCAGCACAGUGUUCGUCAACUUAGAGGAUUAGGUUUGACUCCUAAUCUUCUUGCUUGUCGAAGUACAAAGAUUCUUGAUGACAACGUUAAGGCAAAGCUUGCUCAAUUUUGUCAUGUGCCGAUGUCAAACAUUGUUAAUCUCCAUGAUGUUCCGAAUAUUUGGCACAUACCCUUGCUAUUGAAAGAUCAGAAGGCGCAUGAGGCGAUCCUGAAAGCAUUAAACCUGCUGGGUGUUGCUAAAGAGCCUAAUUUGAAGGAAUGGACUACGAGGACAAAAGCUUAUGACAAAUGUCAUGAAACUGUUAGAAUUGCGAUGGUGGGAAAAUACACAGGCCUUUCAGAUGCAUAUCUUUCUGUUCUGAAGGCUCUUUUACAUGCUGCUGUUGCUCGCAAUCGUAAACUUCUUGUUGACUGGGUUCCCGCUGGUGAUCUUGAAGAUGUUACUUCUAAAGAGGAUCCCGAGGCAUACAAAGCUGCUUGGACGCUUCUGAAGGGUGCUCAUGGGGUUCUAGUUCCAGGAGGUUUUGGGGAUAGAGGAGUGCAAGGGAAAAUUCUUGCUGCUAAAUAUGCUCGAGAAAAUAAUGUUCCGUAUUUGGGCAUUUGCUUGGGUAUGCAAAUUGCUGUGAUAGAGUAUGCACGAUCCGUUCUGGGUCUGCAUGAUGCUACCAGCACAGAAUUUGAUCCCGAGGCCAAGAACCCUGCCGUCAUAUUCAUGCCUGAAGGUUCAAAGACUCACAUGGGAGGAACCAUGCGUCUUGGUUCAAGGAGGACCUUCUUUGAAGUUGCUGAUUGCAAAUCUGCAAAGUUGUAUGGUCAUGUAAAGUACAUCGAUGAGCGACAUCGCCAUAGAUACGAGGUUAAUCCUGACAUGAUAUCACAGCUGGAGAAUGCUGGUCUAUCUUUUGUAGGCAAAGAUGAAAGUGGGAAGCGCAUGGAGAUAGUAGAACUGCCUAGCCAUCCGUAUUUCAUUGGCGUACAGUUUCACCCAGAAUUCAAAUCCAGACCAGGGAAACCUUCUCCUGUCUUCUCAGGAUUAAUAGCAGCAGCUUGUGAACAAAAGAAAGCAAUACUACUACCAAGCAAUGGCCAUGCCAAGUUAACUAGUGGAAUAUAUAGUGGAGUGAACGGACACUCGUCGAUACUAAAAUCUCACCCAAACGGUAACGGCUUCAUUGCAUCCAAUGGCACCUUAAACCUAUAUGCCAAGGGCAACGGUGUAUGUGUCGACGGUAGUUGUUAGUCGGUCAUCAGUGUGUUGGUGACAGUACCAAAAGUCCUGGUAUAAUUCUCUCCAAGGGCAUCAUCGUCAUAUCGUGUUGUCCUCGGUUUUUCCCUGUACAGUUAGUGAGUUGGAUAGAUCUCCAGAAUGAAACAAGUUUUGAGUCUAACAGCAAUUUCUUCAUGUUUCUUCCCUAGUUUCUUCUACAUUGUGUUUAUGGUGUGGCAUUUGGAGCCACCAUUGAUUUAAUUUGAUUUUCAGGUUCUUGUUGGUUAGAAACAUUGGCCAAAGACUAGUUCUAUUACACUCCACUCACUUUGAUCAUGCCAAAUAUUUGGGCUUUGGUGGCUUUUUCCAGUGGCAUUUUAGGAAAUUUCUUCUUUAGUAUACAGGCUUUUGUUCUUCUUUUCUCGUGUUCUCUUUUUUUUUUUUUUUUUUUUUUUUUAUAAUUUUGUUUUCUUCUGCGUGGCCAUAAUGUAAAACUCUUUUAUGUUAUGCACAUUGAAGUUGAAUUUAGU